AUGAACAAACCUUUUGCUGAUGAGGAUCUUGCAAAGAUCUUGGAAAGAAUAGAAAAUGGUGAGAAAAUAGAGGCGCUUGAAUUAGAAAAGUUGCUCGUGAAACAAGUCAGAGAUAAGAACAAAUUUGAACAUGGUGAAAUCAUUUUCAAGUACUUGCGGGAAACAGCAAAGCAUAAAAGACAAGGCAGCAUUGAUAUAGGCGCUUUUCAACGAGGCUUAUUUACCUUGAUUCGAUAUGCACCUACUCUUGAAAAAGCCUUGAGCUACGCCAACAUGUUUUUUGUCGAGAUACAGGAACCACUUCGGACACCGUAUGCCGAAGUUGUGGUGUUGACCAAUCUGCUUGUGUUGCUCAAUAAGCGUCAUACAGUCGAAUCAAUGAAGUUAGGACUGAGACUGAUCCAAUUGAUUAUUGAUAUUGGUGUCUUUCGUUUAAAUCCAAACAGGUUUUGGAAUGAAUUCUCGGUGAGAUCCAAAGAUGCCAUUCAAGUGUUGUUGACAGUCUGUGAUUCUGUCUUGAGAUAUCAUCGCCUUCAGUUAAAUAGCGAUAGAUCUGGUUUUAUACCCAUCAAAAGAUGA